CUGAGAGUACCUGUGUUCUUUAGAAUAAAAAUUAAGACCACUACUGGUGUAUUGAUUCUCAUGAUGUCUCUGGUAGCCAUUGCGAUGGGGCGUGGCGGUGGAUACGUCGACGAUUCUAACAGAGGAUAUGGCGGUGGAUUGGGCGGUAGAUAUGGCGGUGUAUACGGUAGAUACGGCGGUACAUAUGGCAGAGGAUUCGGCGGUGAUUUUGGCAGUAGACACAGCGGUGGACACGUUGGUGAUUUUGGCGGUGCAUUAAGCGGUGUUUUUGGCGGUGGAAUAGGCGGUAGAUACGGCGGUGGUUAGAUCGGUGGUUAUGGCGGUGGCAUUGGUUAAAGAUCAAUGCCCGUGGUUGCUACAACUGCGGAUAUUGAGUUGAUUUUUACCGAACCAAUGAAUCAAUAACGUAUACUUUACAUUACAACUUUUAAAUCAAUGAUCAGUUUGUUAAAAAACACUACAGGUGUAUAUACUUUGGACAAUUUUCUUUUAUAUUUUGAAACGUCAAAAAGGUUAAAAUUUUUAAGUAUUCUUUUAUCUAUAAUUUUCAAGAACUUCUGUAUGGAAUAACAUGCACAGAAAU